GGGGGGCCGGGCCGGGUUUGCCGAGGGAGGUGUGACUGAAACAAAACAAAGCCAAAGGGACGCUGGAUCUAUCAUUGGUUGAUUUUCCUCCUUCUUUUUUUUUUUUUUUUAUGAUCAAAAACAUCCCCCCACCCGAUCAAACAAACACACACAAAAGCAGAAAGAAAGGGUCUUGCUCAGCAGCAGCAUGGAUGUCUUGGCUAGUUAUAGUAUAUUCCAGGAACUCCAGCUUGUCCACGACACCGGCUACUUCUCAGCUUUGCCAUCCUUGGAGGAAAACUGGCAGCAGACAUGCCUGGAGUUGGAGCGAUACCUUCAGACUGAACCACGGAAGAUCUCUGAGACCUUUGGUGAGGAUUUAGACUGCUUCCUUCAUGCCUCCUCAGCCCCAGAUGCAGAGGACAGUAUCCGACGGCUGGACCCCAUCCUUUUACCAGUGGAGACGAGUACGUGUGACAAAAGCGCCAACAUGGACAUUAUCCUCUCACGGGACAAGCUGCUGUCUGAGACGUGCCUCAGCUUGCAGUCCACCAGCUCUUCCACAGAAGGCUACACAGCCGUCAACCAGGCCCAACUCAAUGCAGUAACCUCAUUAACGCCCCCUUCCUCUCCGGAGCUCAGCCGCCACCUUGUAAAAACCUCACAAACUCUCUCAGCGGUGGAUGGCACUGUGACGUUGAAAUUGGUUGCCAAGAAAACUUCACUCAGCUCUGUGAAAGUGGGUGUAGCAACAGCAACCGCGGGGACAAUAAAGAGCGGGCAAAGUGACAGUGAACAAGGAGGUACAGGGGCAGAAGCAUCCCCAGAAAACAAGAAGAGGGUUCAUCGCUGUCAAUUCAAUGGGUGCCGGAAGGUUUAUACAAAGAGCUCCCACUUAAAGGCUCACCAGAGGACUCAUACAGGUGAGAAGCCUUACAAGUGCUCGUGGGAAGGGUGCGAGUGGCGUUUUGCACGGAGUGACGAGCUCACGAGGCAUUACAGAAAGCACACGGGUGCAAAGCCCUUUAAAUGCAACCAUUGUGACAGGUGUUUUUCCAGGUCUGAUCACCUCGCCCUCCACAUGAAGAGACACAUCUAAAUAUCAGUCAGCUUGGCAUGGAUGUUGUCUGAGCUAAGUGUUGUGAGAUGAAAGUGGAACUCAAGUUACAACGCGCUGCCUUGCAGGAGAAGAGAACUUGAUCACGUGUAAACCUCUGUACAGAGACCACACGCUCACACUGUCAUGCACCCAAUUAUACUUCAAUACGUACGUCGGUUCUUUAUGCCUUGCCCCAGCUGGAUGGGAGAAGAUGCAGGCGAGGAAAUGGUAUAGAGGUGAAGUCAAUGAGAAGGAACAAUUGCUUACAGUACUUCGUCCCUCUCGGAUUUGUUUCCUGUUUUUGCCAGUGGAAAUCAAAGAAAAAGGAGGAGGCUUCCCUGCAGGUGGACGGCAGUCGGAGGGGCUUAUUUAACUUGCUUCUCAGUGCAACUCAAUAGGAUAAUAUGUUGUCUUGAAGUUGCAUAUUUGUAGCACUAACUUUCUUUUUAAAUAGAUGGGGGGAAACAAUGACCUAGAAAACCAAAUCCCAGUUUGGUAGCCAAAAUUAACCUCUUGGUUCAUUUGUUCUUUGUCUGAGAAUUCCUAAUGUUCAGUGCGUCAGACUUCUCACAGACACUUUGACCUGUCUUGAUUUUGGUUCUUCUUCCUAGAACUGAGCUCUUCAGAUCCUUUUAAGUCAAUACCAGUGGCCUUAAUGGCAGUAGACUGUGGAGUGACACUUGUGACACAGAUAUCCUCUUUUUGGCCUGAGUUUAUGUAGACUUCACGGAGGACUAUAUUUUUGUUGGUUGUUUUUAUUUUAAUUUUUGUUUUGGCUAUUGCACAACAUAUGCACUAGGGACUCUGGAAGCUGCUGCCAUGAUGGCUAAGUGGCCAAGGGAUAGACCCCUGAGAAACAGCACCUAAUAUCUCUGUAGGCCUCACCGUAUUGCCAUAGCUAGGACUUCUUGUUUAUUUGUUGAACAAAAAACUUUAAAAGUUUACUUGGAAGCUUAAAUAUUUUUUUCUCUUUUCUCCACGAACAAGUGAUCUUCAGAACUCCUUGUCUUCACCUGGAUAUCGGUCUGGGACUGGCCACACAGGCAUGACUACAAGAUUCCUUCCACAUCAUGUGAGCACGUUAGCCACAACCCACAGUGACUUAGUGAUGAAUUAUGUUGCUUUUUCUUGCUGUUCUUCUAUUAACCAAUUUAAAACAUUAGACUUUUGUUUGUGUAAAGAGCACUUGCAGACAUUUUAAUUUAAAGCCAAUGUUUGUUGAGCAUCUUUCACACAAAAAAAAAACAAGCCAAAAAUCCUACUCCAGUCUCUGAGUGGGAGAUCAAGAACCUCUUCCAAGUACAAUGGCUUCAUUCAGCAUUAGCCUUUUAAAGAAAUUAUCAAAGUCCUCCUUUUCCAUUCAUCAAGUUGAUGCUGUAGCCCACUCCUGUACGAAAAAAUGUAACAGUGUGAACGGUGAAGGAAGGGUUGGAUUUUACAUACAGCAGUGAGGCUUUUCCAAAUGAUUGGUCUAAAAUAUUACUAACCUAGAGGUCCAUUUUGGCGUACUGUGUGAAACGUCAAGGAGAAGUGGAGAUCUCAUGCCCACCCUUCAGUCCUUUUGAUAAUUGGAUUUCGUUGGCUCAAAGUGGAUUAAAGUCUUCAUUAGAAAAUAGAAAAGAAAAACAAAAAAAUGUCUCUUAUCAUAACUUGCAUUUGAAACUAUUUGGCAGUGGCCCUGACUCCAAAGACUGCAUUUAGGACCAUAAGAAUGGCCUAUGCAAGCAGGCAGGGGGUCAUUAGUUUGUAUAUUUUGUAUAUUCUGGGACCAUCCCUACAAGAUGUGUCUAGAAAUGAAACAAAAUGGCGUGUGGUCCACAAAUGGUUGCUGCUCUUUUAUACUGUAUUAGCCAACUGCCCUUCUUUGACUGUUUUGACUCAUUGACUGUUAAGUAUUUCCCUUAGUUUAUGUUUCAAGAGGUAAAACUGUACUCUUAGGGGAAAAAAGAACAAACAAGAAACUCAAUAGAUAUUUAAGAGCCGUCACCGGGAUCCUUGGCACUUGAAUUCUCAGCCUUUUGCAACCUUUGGUUCCAGUGAGAGAGUGAAUUUACUCAAAAGAUGCUGGUUUUCCUCACAGUUUUCACAAAACACUGUGACUGUCAACCGAACACUUUGGGGACAGGGGGGAAAUACGAUGUCUGGCCCAUAUGGCAUGAAAUAUGGACCAAAAUCCAACCGUCUUUUAGGGACAAUGAUGUAACAUUCGUGGUAAAAGCAUGAGAGAGAGCAAGAGAGAGAGUGGAAGAAAGAAAAGAAAGAAAGAGAGGAAGAGAGAGAGAAGGAAAAUUGAGUUUAUUCCAAAGAUUUAAAACUAACCGUACUCUAUAUGUGUAUAUAUAUAUGAAUAUAUAUAUAUGUAUACAUUUAAAAAUUGCGGAGCACUGCUUGCUGACAAUCUCGUAUUUCUCUACUUCUGUAUUUGCGUACUUUUUAUGGCCAUUCCACCCAGCUGUUCCACUGGGACUGAGGGCCCUAGAAUCCAAUUUGUGUUGGAAUAUAUAGAGCAUCCUGCCAGAUGUCUAAUGGGAACUGAAACCUCAGCUGUGUGAAACUGUAGAGCAUCCAGUCAGUGCAUUAGGUUAAAAAAAGGAAAAGAGAAUCCUAGAAUUUCCUUAUUGUAGUGUCCUAAAGUGUGUGCUCUCAAACCCACCACUAUGAUAUUCAUUGGCUGUGAACCUACAUAAAUAUCCUCCUUUGACCUCUGAACACACCUGCCUUUAGACAUGCUAUCAGUAGUCUGCAAACCUUAAUCAUUGACAGUUUACGUACCAGAUUCUAGUUAAAAUGGAAAAAAUCAAGCAAGACUCUUUAUUUACUUCCAGUUGUCAUUUGUGGUUUUGUUGACAUCUUAUUUAAAUUUGGCAGAACAAGGGCCCCAUGGAAAAAACCCAUGCUGAAAUGUCUGAUUAUUUUGUUCUAGAGGCAGGCCUACAAUCUAAAUCAUGGAUCCAAAUAGCCUAAAAAACAUAGAGAAAAGGGGGAUAAGAGACAGCCAGAUUCCAUGUUUUUCAGGCUCUCUCUGUAGCGAGUCUUGAACUCUGAAGUAAAAUUUUGGGCUUUGGGACCAUCUCUUCUGUUUGUAAAGGGAGAUAUUUUUCACCUGUAUACAUGGUGUAUUCAGUCAAGCUCUGGACUUCAGUUUUUGGGUGCUCAUAUGCAAGUGUCUUAGUCAUUACUACAAUUGUGAACCAUAGCUCGUAUUUUGUGGAAGUCUCCAUUUUGGAAAGGAAUAAUUAGCGACACAUUCCAGGAUACGUUUUUUACGAUGACAAGUUUUGUUUCUUUGCAGAUAUUUUAAGCUGUACACUUCCAACUUGUGUAAUCUGUUAUAGCUAGAUCCUUUUUAGGCCCGUGUCUCCUUGCUAAAGUUGAACAGUUGUCCUCUAUUUGUAAACCAUGAGUAGAAACAGACUAAUGAGGAAAGGCUAAUACUCUCUGUAAGGCUUCUUGGAAGCAAACGCAUAGAUAGAUGAUUUGGUAACAGUUGAGGACCAAGUUAUCCAGCUGCAGAAAGGAGACACUUAAUCUCGUUUCCUUCAUGCUAGAUUUAUGUCUACUUGCAAAAGAGAAGCCAUUAUAAGAAAGGCAGAUUGUGGUUUCCAAGGCCAUGGAACAGUAGGAUGAGAACAAAUUGAGACAAAAGUCUCAAAAAAUAGUGUACAUAGAGGAAGCAACUAAAGCAAAUGUGAGUUUUUGUGAAUAGCUAAAGGUCCCUUCCAACCUGAACCAUUUUGUGAUUCUGUGAAUAUUUUGGAGCAGAGCAGUCAAUCAUAGAAUCAUGCAGGUCGGAAGGGGCCUCCAGAGGCCGUCUUGGUCAACCUCCAACUAGAGCUGGUUGCUCAGGGCCAUAUCCAGCUGAGUUUUAAAUAUCCCCAAGGAUGGAAAUUCUACAGCCUCUGUGCAAGCUGGUCCAAUAUUUGACCACCUUUAUGGUAAAAAAAAAAGAAAAAAAAAUUAAAAAAUCCAUGUGUCGAGUAGGAAUUUUCCAUGUUCCAACUUGUUUUCUUUGCCUCUUCCACUGUGCAUCUCCAAGAAGAGUCUGGCUUCUCUGUACCCUCUCUUAGGUAUUUGUAGACAGCAAUAAGAUCUACCCUUACCCUUCUCUUCCUAAUGUUGAACCAUGUCUCUCAGCCUCUCUUCAUCCAUCAUGUGUUCCAGAACUUGAUCUCCAUGGUGGCUCUCUGCUAGACUCGCUCCAAUAUGUCAAUAAUGUUCUUGUAAUGGAGAGACCAAAACCAGAGAGAAUAGUCUAAAUCAAGACGCACCUCAUAUGUGAUAAUGUGGAUAUAGUUUAUUUAUUCUGGGUUUUUCCAUUAUCUAAUUGAGACAAGCUAUACUCUAUGUUGAGAUUCUAUUUUGAAAACUGACUUACGAAAAAUCAUUUAGGAAGCACCAGUAUAAGGAUUUUUCUAAUCAGAUUUGCUGAAUCCAUGUAUUAAAAUAUGCUUAUAGAAGUAUGCUUUCUAUACUGCCAGCUCAAGGCCUGGCAAGCAAAAUUCUGUUUUUCCAACAUAAUCCUUGCUGGUUUACCUUAAACUAAAAAAAUGUAUUGUUUCACUCAUACUACAUCAAAUAUGAUACUGUAUUUUAGUCACUUUUUAGACAAAACCAACACUUUUUUCUGUUUGUUUUUCCCCUUAGCAGAUAAAGAGCAACCUAAAACAUCACAUGGAUUUUAUAAAGAUUGGUCUAACAGAAAAGGGGAUUCUAGAGUAUUUUUCAUUUUCCUGGAGUUGUUCUUUUUCAAUAGCCAGGACUCAGUCUAGAAAACUAUAUUACCUGGAUAAACUGGCAAAUGAAGAAAAGAAAGGACUGAAAUCCUAGAUUCUUUCAAUGUCUUGGACAGUCCGAUCUAACUAAACUGGUUUUUAAACAGAGGGUUGAAUUAGGUGACCUCCAGAGGUACCUUCCAACAUUAAUUUUCCUGUGUUUCUAUGACUGAUUUAUUUCAAAGCUCUCACUGAUUAAGUGUGUAUGGCUUCUAGUUCUUCCCAGCCUUGUGCUGGCAGAACAGACUGUUCGACAGGUCUGUAGGGUUUCGCUCAAACUCUGAUAGUUUCAUCUUUAUUAAACUUUUAGUGCUUCUUCAUGAGGGAGACUUAGAGAGGAGGAAAUCUAAAAAAACCACAAAACCUUUAGCAAGCCAGUUUGAAGCAAUAUCAUACCAUGAAAUGUGUCACAGCUGCAGGGACCAACCAAAUAUUAUAGAAACAAGUUUGCUAGCCUGGAAGACCCAUAUGAUGUCUCAAAAAUGGUUUCCAGGACAUGAAAUCUAAGCCAACAUAUAUUUCUACAAAGGUAAACAUUAAAUUUUUCUUUUUUUUUUUUCUUUUUUUCAUUCAUUCUUGUUUUCCUCAUACUUUUUGGAAAUGGAUUUACUGUUUUUUUAGGCUAGCACUUUUUCACUUAAUAUGUGGAAAGCACUAACCAAACACAGAUGGGGAAGAAGAACCUGAAUGCAAGAGCCCCCAGGUCCUUGCUUUUGGAACCGUUUUAACUUCAGGAGUAAAAACAUAACUAAUCACUAGGGUGUGUGGCUAAAAUGGAGUUGAUCAAUAUGAUAGUUGUAGUGAUUGAGUGCAACUUACAUGUGACCUUUCUGAUAUUUACCGAAUCAGGCCGUCUCCCUCGUUUUUACUUGGCCCUAGAAAAUUUGGGCUUUUUAGCUGUCUGCAACACAAAGGUCGCUCCUCCUAUUUUACAUAGUUUGUUUAUCUGUGUACAAAAGAGGUCAUAAUUGGUGCUUUUGACAAAACCGAUGAAAAUCCAACUUAUUAAGUGUUUCCUUUUCUCCACCUGUUCCCUUAAUGUGUGUCAAAAUCUUUACAUUUAAAAAAAAAAUACAAAGAGGAAAAUUUUGUAAAUAAUUUCAUGUUACUAGGCCAGCACCCAGUGGAUCAAGGGCUUUUAUUCUUGAUUUCAUUCAGGACUUGGCACCUCCUGGCAUUCCAUGCAGUAAGACUGUUUUUAAGCUUUCAUAUCUGGGUGACGCCUCUAACCUAACACUCUUUUAAAGUACUUUUUGCUGAUUCCAGAUAGAAUUGCACUUGCAAACAUCCCCACAUACCAAGAACAACAAAAAAAUGCUUGACAAUAGCUCUAUUUAACUCUGUCUUGAAAAAUGAAAAUUAUUUCCUCCCAAGAUAUUACAACUACUUAUUGGCAAGUCUUGCCUGUCUUUUAUUAGCAUUAAAUCUAUGCCUUCUUGAAUGAUCAUUUCCAGAUCAAGCUUGGAUAUUCUUCUUCCUUUUGUCACAUUUGUAUCUCUUUUUAUUAAUAGUUUAGGGAUGACUACUGCAGUCUUUCUCCUCCACAGCUCUACACUGGCUUCAGUGGCAAGAUUUAGCAUUGUAAGAACUGUAAGAUCUGGCCGACCAGGUACUAAGCUCUGUCUUGUAAAGCUGAGACUUUCCUCCUCCCUUAGAGGAAGAAGUCCAAGACAUACUUGUGCUAUAUAAGUUACAUAAAUAAUGAUAUAGUUGUAUAUAUAGAUUAUAUACAUAAAAAUGUGGAGAUGGAGGGGCAGGCUGCCUUUAGCACUUGAAAAAUGGAUUUCCCUACCUGAAAACUUUCAAAUGCAGGUGUCAUUUUUCAAACAGGGUUUUAUAGUUUUCCUUAAUGCUUGUUAAUGGCAUUUUUGCUGUAAUAAUUAAAGUUGGAACUCUUCGCAAUUUUCAAAACGAAAGCUUUGAUGAUUUUUUUUAAGUGCUUUGGUCCUAACUUCUAUAUACUGCCAGAAAACAGGUUCUCCACCCUGUCUCUGUGUGGAUGUGGAUGUACAACAGUAUCCUGUAUAUACCUACACAGAAGAGGAAUCUGAGCUACUGACUUACAGUUUGUAGUAGCCAACUGUGCCUAUUGCUUUGAUUUAGGGAGGGCACUUGCUGUUGCCAUUGCAUUUUAGGAAUCACGUCAGCUUCUGUAGGAAAGUUUUCAACAACGCUGGGGAAUAAAUGUUGCUGUGUACUGUGAAUGAGUAGGCUGCAAA